AUGGAAAGUAUGGAAAUUGACAGCCAACAGCCUACUAGCACCGAAGACAACAAUCAAGCGUUCGUUGACCAACUUUCAGCGAACGAAAAAUUGCGAAUCUUUUAUCAACGCUUUUUCCCGUAUAAACCAUAUUAUCAUUGGUUAAAUUACGAGACGAGUCCAACCAAAGCUUUUCUUAAUCGCGAAUUCAGUUUCACCCUCCCGAAUGAUGUUUAUGUGCGUUAUCAGUCCUUCAAGGAUGCUGAAGAAUUGAAAAAUGAACUUUUGAAAGAAGUCCCAGCUAAAAUUGAUAUUGGGGCUGUGUACACUAUGCGGCCAAAAGACAAAAAAUUCUCGCCUCCAAACUCUUUUAAGCCGAUCAUGAAAGAACUGGUCAUUGAUAUUGAUCUGACUGACUAUGAUGAUGUUCGUCAGUGUUGCAGUAAAGCAGAUAUCUGUUUAAAGUGCUGGCAGUUUAUUACUGUUGCUAUUGUGAUCAUUGAUAAAACUUUACGAGGCAAGCUUUAUGAUUUUGGAUUUAAACACCUGCUCUGGGUGUACUCUGGAAGACGUGGUGUUCACUGUUGGAUCUGUGAUGAUCGAGCUCGUAAACUGGAUAAUGAUGGACGAAAGGCGAUUAUAUCGUAUCUUGCAAUGAUAAAAGGAGGCUCUCAACAAGAAAAAAAAGUAUUCUUAUCUAGACCAUUUCAUCCUUCAUUAGAACGAGCAUAUAGAAUAGUGGACCAUUAUUUCACGGUAUUAGCAUUAGAAAAUCAAGAUGUGAUGGACACGCCAGAACGAUGGACCAAGCUUUUAAAGUGCAUCCCUGAAGAAGCUAUUAGAGAUGUGUUGAAUGAAAAAUGGGAGACAACACCGUCACGUGAUUCUACAUUAAAAUGGGACGAUCUAAUGCAAGCGUUACAGAAUGCUGUUUAUUUGCCGGGUAAAAACAUUAGUAAGGAAGUUGCCAGUAAACGAGCUGAAGCAUUAGAAACCAUCAAACGAGAGAUUCAGUUCCAGUACAUUUAUCCGCGGCUUGAUGAAAAUGUCUCGGCACACAUAAACCAUUUGCUGAAAAGUCCAUUUUGUAUUCACCCAUCAACCGGACGAGUAUGCGUCCCUAUUCCUCCUGAUGAUUUUGAAAAUUUCGAUCCAACUAAAGUUCCCACAGUCUCUACAAUUAUUUAUGAAAUGUCUCAAUGGAAUGAAAGGCAUCCUGUACAGUCGGGCGAGCGGAAAAUGAGUGAUUAUGAAAAAACUUCGUUAAAGCCGUACGUAAAGUAUUUUGAGGAUUUUGUUCAAGAGGUUUUAAAAGAUGCACGGAUCAGAAGACGAGCUGCCCAACAACGGACUAUGGAAUUUUAA